AUAAUAUGUGCGUAUCAUAACGAUCUGACAUGAAAACACGCGGAUGCGGCUUCCGCAGUAAACUCGACGCAAUAAGAGGCUACGCAGAACGAAGCCGGGAUAGACGUAUCGUCGACGGAGAGGAUGUUGUACAACACCAUCGGCGGAAUCAAUAAACCCGUCCUAGUCGUAUCUCGGAACGAGGAGUAGAAAGGAAAUGGGACGCGGCCGGUCAACCGGGGAAGCGGCAGGUGGAGAGACGAAGGAAGAGAGAGUGGGACGAGAUAGUGAAUGAAGAGAAGAGGACUGCAAGGAAGGGUAUAAUAUGAAUAGAGGUGUCGCGGAUACGUGGGCGUGCGUUGGCUGAACGAGGAGGUCGGAGGUCGAAAUUUUAUGCUCCUGGAGGAAAAGAAAAACAGAGAGAGAGAGAGAGGACGGACGGAGAUUAUGAAACAUGAUUCGAGAGCAUGAUCCAGAAUGGAAGAGGAGGGAUAGGAAAAAUAGCAGGUGGAAUUGGCGAAACGGGAAAAUAUGUGCGCGCGCGCGUGGGCGCUCGACGAGGCAGAGGGAGGAUGAUUCUGAGGGAAGCAGUCCAGGGAGAGGGAGAGGACGCACGCCGAGGGAGAAGCUGAAGAAGGGAUAGGGAAGAUAGGCCGGAACUCUUUAGACGUCCACGGACCUGCCCGCGAGCCUCGUUCCCUCCCUUUAAGUUUCUCGCACGUUUUUUUCGCGCUCUAUCAUUUCUCUCUCUCUCUCUCUCUCUCUCUCUCUUUCCCGUUAGUUAGACCUCACCUUCUCCGUGCGGAGAGAAUCCCCCGUAGCGAGGAUCGCCCUACUCCAGGAUGGCACACGCCGCCUCCGAUGAUAUCAACGAGAAGAGCUACAUCCUGGACGCGAGAAAGAAUUUCGAGGACGGCGGUAGUAUUGCAUCUGAAGAGUCCUAUGAUGACAUGAGGCGAUUAGUCGGGGAGGAGGAGGAGGAGGAAUCCGGUAAAUUUAACAGCCUUCCGCUAGCCAGCUUCAACUUCAUCAAUUCCAUCAUCGGCAGCGGCGUGAUCGGUAUACCAUACGCUCUGCACCAGGCUGGCUUCGGUCUCGGCAUCGUCCUGUUGAUUCUGGUGGCAGUGUUGACCGACUACUCGUUGAUUCUGAUGGUGCGAAGCGGACACAUCUGCGGCGAGAUGAGUUAUCAGGGUCUGAUGCGAGCUAGCUUCGGUCGCACCGGAUUCUAUAUCCUCACGGCAUUGCAGUUCUUCUAUCCCUUCAUAGCUAUGGUAUCGUACAACGUCGUCGUCGGCGACACGGUCACGAAAGUCCUGAUAAGGGUGACGGGGAUAAACGAGACGAGCAUCCUCGCGCAUCGACAGGUCGUCAUUCUUCUGGCGACCCUCGGCAUCACCAUCCCGCUCUGCUUAUACAGAAACGUCGCGCGAUUAGCGAAAAUUUCCUUUCUCUCUCUGGUCUGCGUCGGAUUCAUCCUCCUCGCUAUCUUCAUCAGGAUGGACACCAUGUCCGCCAUAGUUCCGAGUCAGAGCGACAGCUGGAGAUUCGCCAAUUUCCCGGGGGUCGUUCCGUCCGUGGGUAUAAUGGCGUUCGCCUUCAUGUGCCACCACAACACCUUCCUAAUUUACGGCUCGAUCGAGCGAGCGACCCAACAAAAGUGGGACGUGGUGACGCAUUGGUCCCUCUUCACGUCCUUCUUGAUCGCCGCGAUCUUCGGAGUCGUCGGCUACGCCACCUUUACCUCGUACGUACAGGGCGAUCUUAUGGAAAACUACUGCUGGGACGACGACCUGAUGAACUUUGCCAGAGUCAUGUUCAGUGGCACCAUCCUGCUCACCUUCCCCAUCGAAUGCUUCGUUACUCGUGAGGUGCUCAUGACCGCGAUCAAGGGCACGGACGAGUUGGAGGGACAUGAGGCGUACGUGCCGAAUUCGGACCGCAAGUACCUGAUACUCACCUUGACGAUAGUAACCGCGACGUACCUGAUCUCCAUGUUGACGGAUUGCCUGGGCGUCGUCCUCGAGCUGAACGGUAUCCUCGCCGCGGUACCGCUCGCCUACAUUCUUCCAGGUCUCUGCUACCUCAAGCUCGAGGAGGGUCCCGUUCUCUCGUCCAAGAAGCUGCCUGCGCUCGGUCUGAUGACCGCCGGCAUCCUGGCCGCCAUCUCGGGCCUCCUGCUGCUGAUAAUCAACAGCAGCUCCGCCGGCAGCUGCUUCCACGGCAAGAUUAUGCCGUACUGCGUACUCAGCAACAUGACGACGACGACGACGAGGACCCUGCAGUACGUUGACGCGACCACGAUGUCCGCCGUUUUCAACACGGAGCUCCUCGCAGUCUAAGUGUAAAAGGAAAAACCUGUUAGUUUAGUCAUAAGUCUGCCAAAUUUUCGAAUGAAAGUAUAUAGAGCGAUUAAGUUCGCGCGUACAAAUAUAUUGUAUGUAUAUUUGCGCAACAAUCGCCAGGAUGCAAUCGGUAAUAUUCAUACACGGAUAUAAAAUAUUAUAAUGAUAUAGAUGAAAAAAAUUGUGAUCAUAUACAUAAUUUUCCAUGUGAAAAUUAUGAAACGCCAGACUUUGUACCAAGCUCCCAGAAAGAGGAGAUUAUUCAGUUUCGAAGCAGGAUUUUAUCCGUGAAUGAAUACACCGUUUAACGCGAGAAUUAUAUAUGAUUACAUUAAAUGGAAGAUAAAAUUGCGCAAAGUAUUUACAGAGAGUUUCAAAGAGAGUCCUGAUCGACAAAUCUUAUAUUACGAAGGUACUUUAUGAUGCACUUAAUCUUGAUGAAACAUGGCGAGAUUUGGGACACAUUUAUCAAAAAAAUUAAACUUUAUUAUUUAUGUUAAUAUUUAAUUAUUUAAUUAAUUUAUUUGUUUCUUCGUAUCUCCCAAAAGAUUGGGAGAUCAUGCUUCGAAUGCAUAUUCGCAAUACGAAAUCAAUGCAAUACAAAGGAUUACAAGCGAGAAAUCCGAAAAUUGGCAAUAGAUCGUCCUUUCUGCCAUUUGAUGAAGUAUAUACUAUAGUCCUCUGAAUGUUCAUCGUAUUCAAAUUUAUCGAAUUUAUGAUGGAGUAAAAAAAUUAUAAUUUUUCAAUAUAUUUACAUAGUCGCGUGCACACAAUGAGCUUGUGAGAUAAAUUUUGCUCGUAAAGAGACACCUGAUUAUUAAUUUUCCGACGCACAUUAUUAGAGAGAGAGAGACAGAAUUUUAACGUACCAAUCGAUGAUUAUUAUCACACUUUCGAAUAUUAUUAUUAUACCAAUUGAUAGACGCGGAAAAUAGGAUCCUUACGUCUAGUCUUAAUUAACAUUUCAUGAAAGAAUAUCUUCGUGGUUAUAUUAAUGCGCGAAUUAUUAAAUAAUAGUUAUCUCGAUUUAGAUAAUUGUGAUUAGAUAAUUAAUAGAGAGAAAGAAAGAAAAAGAGGGGGAACGUAUAAGUUAAAAAUCUCAUUAUAUUUUUAAAAGAAUGUUGAUCAGAUAAACCAGGGUUUAUAAACAAGGAUAUAUAUGUAUAUGUAUAUACAUAUGACACACACAUAU